AGCCCAAAUGUGGAGUAACGUGGAAAGGCCCAUGUUUUGAGUGGUGAAGGUUGUUGAUGCUGUGCAGUGCAGUGGAAGUGGCAACGAUGGAGGAAAAGUUGGAUCCUUCUCUCCCUUGUUGCCGGCAUCUGCUUUCUGCAAUUCUUGCGAUGGAACCUUCCGAAUGCUUAAUCUCCCACGCUAGAGUUAGAUGUGCAGGGCGUGUGGUGGAGGCUCAAUCACGGACCAAGUUCAACAAUUCAUCUGGGACCAUUGCCUUUCCGCUCCUGGUGAUUUUCAUGCUCCUUACUUGAAGAAUUUUCUCAAGAAACUCAUCACUCAAGUUGAGUUCGACCAUGGUUGUGUGUUGGACCACUUGUACGAACUCUAUGCUCUCUAUAUGACAUCAUCCAAGGAUGAUAGUUUAGUCAAGAGAGGUGCCAGAAUCUGCAAAAGAAUUUCCUUUCCUUUUCCUGAUGGUUGUUCUGAACUACAAAGUUGUCCGCAGUCAAGGGUACUGGAAUUUUCAUUGCAGUGUUCUCUUAACAUGCUUGAAGGUGAUACUGGGUGCUCAAUAUGGCCAUCAAGUCUGUUUCUAUCUGAGUUAAUACUUUCUCAUCCAGAAUUAUUUUCUAAUAAAUCAUGCUUUGAGAUUGGUUCAGGAGUUGGCUUAGUUGGAUUAUGUCUAGCCCAUGUAAAAGCUUCCAAGGUGAUAUUAAGUGAUGGUGACCUAUCAACUUUAGCUAACAUGAAGUCUAAUUUGGAGUUGAACCACCUGAAUGUUGAAGCUGACUUGCCGGAAAGAAACAAAAAUCCAAGCACGGUAAAAUGCUUGUAUUUGCCGUGGGAAUCUGCAUCCGAAAGUGAACUUCAAGAUAUCAUGCCAGAUGUUGUUUUGGGUGCAGAUGUGAUAUAUGAUCCAGUUUGCCUGCCACAUCUUGUUCGAGUACUUUCCAUUCUUUUGAAUCAGAUGAAUUUGGGCUUUUGCAGACAGCCUGCAAGUUGCAAGGACCCUUCUCUAAACAUUGAACAUGAAAAUGGUGAACAUGAUUACAAAGAUGCUAUUGAUAGAUCUGAUGGUAGUAGUAAAUGCCUGUCAAAGGAAGCAACAGUGGCUUAUAUUGCAUGUGUUAUCCGGAAUAUUGAAACUUUCAACUAUUUUCUAUCCCUAGGGGAACAGGCUAAUCUUCAUAUUGUGGACCUUACUGAUUCAUUGAAGCCAGUAAAUCUCCUCUGCUACAUGCACUCAUACAAUCAAGCCAGUGUAAAACUAUUGCGUAUCACUUUCAGAAAUAUACAAUAACGAUCAUUUGACUCUCACAUGUUUUCUUUUCCUUUUUUACUUGGAAGGUAUAACUAAUGAUUUUAACUUAUACUUUGAUUCUGCUCAUGACCUAUCUACUCAAAUGUUAUCAAUGAAAAUGCUCUUUCAAUUCAA